GAUCUGCUGAUCAUACUGCUGGACAAUAUUUCAAAGAGAGAAUAUGACUGUUCUCACCUCUGUAGCAUAGCUCUGUAAUAAAGCUUCUGCCCUGGUGACAUCUUAUCAUCUAUUGAUUGGUUGAUACUUUAUUGAUCCUCAAAGGGAAAUUCAUCAUGAUGUUUCCUCUUGAAGAGAUGAAGACCACCUGUCACUGUUCAGGUUACCGGGAGCAACAACAAAAACCUCACAGCAUCCUGUACAAUAUCCUGAGCUGGGCAGACAGUAACUACAGCAACAACAACAGCCUGAUCAAAAACAACCACGUGAACCAGUACGACUACAACAUGAUGAUGCCUCACAACUGUCAUUGCGAGCGGCGACGGGCAGUGUGUCUGAAGAACCCUGAGGGAACUUGUCAGGUGGCAUCUGAUGUUCUGGUCAAAACCAUCCGCUUCAUGAAGAGUUUACCCUCCUUCAGUCAGCUUCCAGUGGAGGAUCAGCUAACUCUGCUGAGGGACUGCUGGGUGCCCCUGUUCUCUCUGGGACUGGCCCAGGAACGGACUGUGUUCGAGGUGAAGGAUGUACCACAGGCUAGCAUGCUGAGGAGGAUCCUCCUCAACGGUCAGGGGCCACAGAGUGAGGAAGAGCAUGAGGAGGAAGAUGAGGGGAAGAGGUCACUGCCCACGCUUGCUGGGGUGCAUAAACUCAGAUCCUGUCUGUACAGACUGUGGACUCUGGAUCUCAGCCCAAAGGAAUAUGCCUAUCUGAAGGGUGCUAUGCUGUUCAAUCCAGGUAAAGAUCUUCUUCUUCUACUUCUUCUCAGCAGUCUAUGAUGUAAUGUGGAACUCCAAAUCUACCUGAACUGACAUUCUAUUAAUGUCAUUCAAUUGAAAUAUUUGAAGCAAUCAAUGGCAUAAUCAAUGAUUAUUUAAUAAUCUAACAUGACAAAUGAUGGCAAACAGCUUAACUCUUCUGUCACAUUAGUGUUGAACUGCUGAUGGUGGAAUACAGUUGAAUUGAUAUUCCAUUUACCCCACUUCCUCUUAAUAGCUGUCCCAGGACUGAGCACCACUGUAGUCAUUGACGGUCUUCAACAGGAGGCCCAGAGAGCUCUACAGGAGGUUGUCCUGACCCUUCACCCAGGAGACUCGGGUCGAUUCAGCCGCAUCCUACUAUCGACCUCUGCCCUACAGGCUGUCAGCCAAUCACUCAUCACAGAACUGUUCUUCAGACCUGUUAUUGGUCAGGCAAAUCUGUUUGACUUGUUAAGUGAGAUGCUGUUUAUUAGACAAGAGUACAGCUGAAAGUUUGUGUGGGUGUAUGGUGUAUGUGUGUGAAUGAUAUUUUAGGGUAUUUUCUACUGACAAAUAUGAAUGUGAAGAUUGCAACCAAGCAUUAAAAGUUGUAUAAACACAAUUUUUCAGUUUCUCUCUCUUCUAUCCAUAUGUUUAAUCAUUCUUCUAUCAUUCGUUUUUGGCAUACAUCUGGCAAUUUAUCAGUGGUGUGAAAAAAAUAAAUGAAUAUAGUGAGAGCUACUGUAUUUUUAAUUGAUAGAAAAAUCAUGGACUAUUGUACUGGCUCGUAGCAUGAUAUGUACUCUGGCUCCCACUAGUGGUUUUCUACCUGUAACUACAAAUAUCUGUUGUGCCGUAUACUGAACAGGGGAGUAUGGAAUGGAAAGUACCAAAAAUCCCUUGAGUGACGUUACCUGGGAUUUAACAUUUCAACGCAUGGUAAGGGAGACUUACAAAACUCCAACUAGCUCAACAAUGUGUCAACACUCAUCUAUUUCCUGUCUAUGGCCAGAACCAGAAUAACCUGUUUUACAUGAACAACCAAACAUGUAAUCAGUCAUCUUGUUACAGUCGUUUGGUGGCCUGUAUUAUUUUGUCCUUGCCAAAGAUAAAAGUUGUCCCCAAGGGGCACAAAUGAACACCCGGUCACUGUGCACCUGCAAGAGAUGUCUGUGUAGCUUAAGUCAUAAAUGUGGGCCUGUUCAACAAGGCAAAACAUUACAGAACAUUCAGACAAAAAUGGAUUGAGUAAAAUAAAAAAUAAAUGCUUGCCUUCCAUUGUAGAAUAAGAGAA